ACAUACAGCAGCAGUUCAGUUAUGUUACAGUGUCCUUUAAUCCAGCUGUUGGUGGGGUGUAAUAAACAGAAGAUUGAUGUUCAUACAGUUCCUGUAGUGGAAAACUGUAAUGAACAGAAGUGUGAGCAGAUAGUGAGUGCAGGACAUGGACCAGAGGAAAACAUCUCACCGUUCACAUUUACAGCACAGAGAAUCCGGAUAGAUAAAGAUGAUGAAAUGUUUGAGGAUGGUGAUGUGCAUCGACAUUUGUACCUGCAGGAUCUUGCUACAACUCCUACAGAUGACAGCUCGGCAGCAAUCAUUUCAGAGUUCCAGUGUCACAUUGCCGGCUGCAAGCAAUUAUUCGACACUCUUGAGGGAUAUGAGCACCACUACAAUUUACUUCACCGUCAUGUAUGCUCCAGCUGCAAACGCUCUUUUCCAUCCAACCAGUUGCUGGACAUACACAUACUGGAGUGGCAUGACACAUUAUUUCAGGUCAUGGCAGAGAAACAGUGCAUGUAUCAGUGCUUGGUUGAGGGCUGUGGACUGAAAUUCCGAACUGCUAAAGAAAGGAAGGAUCAUCUAAUAAUGACUCACAGCUAUCCGUCAGACUUCAGAUUUGACAAAUCAAACAAGAUCAAAAGAGAAACUAAAGGGAAAAAGACUGCUCAACAGAAGAAAAUUUGUAUGACAGUUCUUGGCAAUGUAGAUAGUCCACAUAGCGAAGCAGAAAAUUGUGAGUCUAUGGAUUUUUCUCCAACCCAAGGGCCUGAAAGCCAGCCUGUCCAACAAAAGCCACAGUAUUCAUACAAGGUACCACAAUCUAUUUGCUUUGGCCAAGGCUCAGUCAGAGGCUUCAGAGGUGGAAGAAGAAAGAAAUAGGCCAAAACCUACAUAGUAAAUCUGUUAUAUGAUUUUCUUACAUACAGUAUAUACUUAGUGUGAUUUUAAGAGCUGUAUUUUUAUAAUAAAAAUAAAACAAGAGUGUAUAUUACUUUCUUAUUUAAUAUUUGUUCAUCAUAGACUGCAAAACAUGUAUUAUCUAGUUAAAGCUGCAAUUAUUGCAAUUAUUGCCAUUGCCGAUCAGUGCCAUUAUUAAAGAUGGUAGGAAAAAUACUAUAAAAAUAAAUAAGAUGUUUUGUUGUGAGUAGUCACACUAAAAAGCCAGGAUGAGUUUUAACUC